UUGCCGGACAGCCCCUGAGAGAGACCCUGGGGUCAAGAAACCCCGUGUGUUUGCUUUAGUAAACCCUUAUUAUUUGUUAUCUGUGGUGUGAAUGUCCAUGCGUAAGUAUGCAAAUUGUAGAAUCAAAUACUUCGUAAUUUUAUUUACAUGGUUAUGGUAUCUUAUCGACUAUAGGAUGGAAAUGACGGUAGUUUUGUUUUAUUAACCCCACCCACUAUAUCGAAAGCUUCUGUGACGCCAUAGAGCCAUGUUUCUUCCGUCUGACGCCGUGUGGCGCUACUACAGCGCACUGUUUACGGCACAGGAGACAAAGCAACCAACUCAAUUACAACACUGGAUCAACCGUGCGCUUUAUUUAACCAUUUCACAGCCGAAACUAACCUCAGGACACAAAAGGUUCUACAAAUGAACACAAGUGAUUUACACUAUCCUAAAUGGAGGUCAACAUAUCUGUUGCAUCUGCACUCAGAUAAAACAUGUUAAAGUAAACAUCUGGAUGGAAGAGAGAGCCACACCCAUGACACUUGAACACUUACAAAGCUGCUUUGAAUAGAGAAGGUUUUCUUUCCCUGCAGAAUUUUUUUCUGCGAUAAUGGACGGAGAGGACGGCCUCUCACAGAAGACUGAGGAUACAAGCCACGAGCAUAAUGGCUCCAAAGAUAACAAGAGAAUAGAGGCCAAAGGAACCUGUUUAAAAAUAGAAGGGAAAGAUGGUUAUGUGUUUAAAUCAUACAGAAUUACUCCACAAGAGGUUUUGGAAGCAGAACCCCACACUUGUCCCUCUGAGACCGUAACAAAAGAUUCCUCUGUGGUGUCUUUGUCAUUUGAGGGCACAGAGGAAGAUGGAUCUUCUGAGGUCGAUGGACUUUUAGCAGAGGAUUCAACAGCAGAAAGUUGUGAAAAGCAUGACUCUCAGACAUCUCCAUCUAUUUCAAAUAAGAGCCAGAACAUUGAAAUAAAUAAUUCAGAAAUUGAAACAAGUGUAUGUAUCAAAGCAGAACCAAAUGAAACGGGUGAAAUUGCUCAGGAUGAUGAAAAGUUAUCAUUUGAUGGGGCCUUCGGCCCCUUUGCCACCAGAGGUUAUGAUGAUGAUUAUGGUAGUUUGUUCAGUGGGUACUCAAGUACUCUGUAUGAUGUUGCAAUGGAUGCUGUCACACAAAGCCUUCUAUCAUCCAUAAGAAGUCCCCUUAACCCUAGAAAAAAAUUCCCUGCUUGGAACCAUUUUUUCAUAUCACCACGUGAUAGUACCAAAGCAAUCUGUAUGUACUGUAUGAAAGAGUUCAGCCGGGGAAAAAAUGAGAAAGAUCUCAGUACUAGUUGUUUAAUGAGGCAUGUGCGAAGGGCUCACCCAACUGUUCUUCUGCAAGACAGUGACUCAGUAAAUAAUUUGUCCAAUAAUUCAUCUUUAAUACCUCCCAAUUUAUCACCAAACAAUGGAGACUUGUCUGUAUGCAUCAAGCCCCCUACAGACAACCUUAAUCCACUGUCCUCCAUUCUAGCUGAGGCCACAGACGUAGUGUCCAAAGACUCUUUACAAAAGGUCAAACCAAAAUCAGAAAAGAGCAUCAAAAGUGACUCUUGUGUGGUUCCAUCCCCACAUUCCUUAAACAACCAUAAUGAUGAUGCCGCCACAGACUUGGGGAGUGAAUGCCCUGGAUCAGCCCCUAAGAGUUCAAGUUCACGGCGGCGCUCAGCAGUAUGGAAACACUUUUAUUUAUCCCCUGCUGACAGCUCGAAAGCAGUGUGUAUUCACUGCAUGAAUGAAUUCAGUCGUGGCAAAAAUGGGAAAGACUUGGGAACGAGCUGCCUUAUUCGCCACAUGUGGCGGGCCCAUCGAGACAUAGUCAUUGAAGAAAAUGGACAGGGCUCAAGCAUUCCUCCGCCUUACACCACUCCACCAACAUUUCUCUCACGCACACAAGACUCCACAGAGGUCAAAAAGGAAUUCCUCUGUACCUCACAUCGCUCUGAUGCCAUAUCAGAUGAAGUGCCCAUUGAUGACAGUGAGCACAUGCCUCUUGAGGAUGAAGCAAAUGAUGCUACAUAUCAAUCUGGACAAGAAUCCUUACUUGAUGCAUCUUUUAGACUGAAAGGGGAAAAUAUACCUCUGUCAUCCUCGCCAGAGGAACACAUUGAGGGGCACAGCAUAUCCCAAGAUCACAGCUCAGUUUUUCAACAAAACAAAAAAAUAAUGAAACGGGUGAAAUCAGAAGUAUGGCAUCAUUUCAUUGUCUCUCCUGUUGACCAACUCAAAGCUUUGUGUCGGUAUUGUCCCUGUGUUAUAAGCCGUGGUAAACGAGGGGACUUUGGCACAAGCUGUCUAAUGAGACAUUUAAUGCGACGGCAUCCUGAUGUUCUCAAAACCCAAAAAAGCACAAAUGACAAAGUUUCCUCACCUCAGUCUCCCCAUUGUUCUCCUGCUGCAGAGGACGACAUGACAACAAAUGCAACAGACAGCCCUGCUGCUGAAAACAAACACCACACCCUGCCUGUUUUCAGCAAAAAGACUUCAAAGCUAUGGAAUCACUUUUCUAUUUCCACUGCAGACCCAACAAAGGUGGUCUGUUUGCACUGUAGCCGCACAAUUAGCAGAGGCAAAAAGACAACCAAUUUAGGCACUAGUUGCUUAUUUAGGCACAUGCAGAGAUUUCACGGGCAUGUGCUUGAAAAUAAUAGUAAUAUCUCAGGUGAUGUGUCAUCUGCUGAAAUUCAAGUUAAGCAUGAGCUCAUGGACAUUUCUACUUAUGAGGAGAAUUCAGAGAAGUUCACUGAAUGCCACCCAGCUGCCAAAAAAAUCACCAAACUCAUUGCUGAAAUGCUUGCACUGGAUCUUCAGCCAUCAACUGUAGUGGAAAAUGUUGGCCUGAACCGACUACUGGAAUACCUCCAGCCACAGUAUUCUCUACCUUCCUCAUCCUACUUUACCAGCACUGCAAUCCCAGAAAUGUAUGGAAGUGUGAAAGAAGUAGUUCUGACCCACCUCAAGGAGGCUGAAGGUGGAAUCAUUCAUUUCACGACAAGUGUUUGGGUGAGCAGCCAAACUCAAGAGUACUUGAUUCUUACAGCCCACUGGGUAACAUUUGAGUCUCAAGUUCUGCCUCAGGGGCAAGAUUUCCACUGCUCAGCCCUCCUUGGUGUUUCUUCAAUUGACUGUGACUACAAUGUAAUGAACAUACAGAAACAGCUUGAAUAUCUUUGGGACACCUGGAUUGGUUCCUCAGGCCUUAAAAUUGGAUUUACUGUAACGGAUAAUCAAACUAUUGGAAGCAUGCUAGAAAGCAGUGAUCACACCACCAUGCAGUGUUUUGUUCAUAGCAUAGACCUCAUUGUUAACGAAGCCAUAAAAAGUCAGAGAAUGGUUCAGAACUUGCUUAGUAUUGCUCGGAAAAUUUGCGAGAGAGUGCAUCGUUCUGCUAAAGCAAAGGAGAAGUUGGCAGAGCUGCAAAAAACUUAUCAGUUACCUGAAAACCAGCUGGUUCAGGAUGUUCCCUCUAAGUGGAAAACAUCAUAUUUUAUGCUUGAGCGAUUAGUAGAGCAAAAGAAAGCCAUCGAUGAGAUGUCAAUAGAGUGCAGUUUCAGGGAACUGAUAAGCUGUGACCAGUGGGAAGUCAUGCAGUCAGUCUGCAAUGCUCUUAAGCCUUUCGAGGUAGCCUGCAGGGAGAUGAGCAAUCGCACAGCAACACUAGGUCAGGUCAUUCCACUCAUUCACAUACUGAACCGAAAAAUAGAUAUGCUUUUUGAUGAGACCAUGGGUAUUGAUAAUAUGCUCAAGUCUUUAAAGGAAGCAAUGGUGACUAAAAUGUCCCCUACACUUCAUGACCCAAGGUACAUAUGGGCAACCAUGUUGGAUCCGAGGUAUAAGACCUCCCUUUUUACUGAGGAAGAAGCAGAGCAGUGUAAGCAUGACCUCAUACAAGAGCUUGAGGUGUCUGUAUCUAAUUCUGUGGAGACUAAACCACCACUGUCAAAUGGAUGCAGUGAAAUACCAGCUUCAUCAAACAGCCUGGCCUCAAACAAAGAAAACCUAUGGGCUCUUAUGGAUGACAUUAGACAGAAAAUCAAGCAGGAGGAGAGACCAAAAUCAUUGGAGCUUGCAGUGCUGGAGUAUUUGGAGGAAGACAUUCUUGACCAGAGUUGUGAUCCUCUGGAUUAUUGGAACCUAAAGAAGUUACUGUGGCCUGAACUUGCCAAAGUAGCUGUACGCUAUGUGGGUUGUCCACCCAGCAUUGUACCAGCAGACACACUUUUUAGCACAUCAAGUGUCAACUGUGCCCUGAAUCAGUCCCGGCCAUUGCUAGAAAACCUUGAAGGACUUCUUUUUUUAAAGGUCAACCUUCCUUUGAUAUAUUUUCAGUACUGAUGAUUGCGUAUUUAUAUUUGCAAGGCUGUUUCUUAGAUUAUGAACUUCAACCUAGGACCACUCAAGUAACUUUUCUGAGAAGGCCUAACUAAACAAUUCAUUUUACUGAGGUUCAUGUUCUUCAAUACACAAAGCAUUUGGAUAUUUAAUUGAAUGAAAGAUUGAUUGAGUACUACUGUUAAGUACACUUGAUAACUGGAGUCUUAUUCCUGGUGAAAAGUGUUUUCAGGGAGGGAGGGUUAGCUAGCUAUAUGGGUAGUUAUUGUUUGUUGCUGUAUUUUGAUUCCUUUUAUAAAAUUUAUUGUAUCUUUGUCUUCUCUCUCCUUGUGCCUUAUACAAACUACUUCAGGUCAACAUGCUGUAAAUAUUAACUGAUGUGCAAAGCAAGUCAUAGUCUUCUGAUUUAAAUGAUUUUAUAAAAUUGAAACUACAUGCUGAAUACUGUUUUUAUAUAAAUACAUGGCCCAAAAUAAAUGCUGUGACUGAGAGAUGUUUUAAAUGUAUUUUAUUUAAUUGUGAUUUUUGUGGUAAAUGGUACUGUUAGAAUUAGUUCUUUUUUUCUUUUUGCUGAUUUUGUUUGUAGCUAUUAAAAUGUACAUAAUGCUGUACUUUCAGGUUAAUUUUUUGUGAAGCACAAAUGUUUUUUUUUUUUUUAUCUAAGGGUUUAAAUUAUGAGACAUUAAGGAAAUGUACUGUACAUUUUAUAAAUUUCCAAAAUAUAAUUUGACAGAGGAAUAA